CUUUGUUAAGGUGUUCUGGGAAGUACCGAAUGGAGAUCACGACCGAGACAUGCUCGACUGUGCCCGCCGCUCCCACAGAAACCACGCAUGCCCCCAACACAAAGAAUACCGAGGAUGAAGAAGAGAUGCCGCUCUUGUUCAUGGACGAACUGCCGCCGAAUUUCAGGCAGAGCGCGCAGCUGGCAGCCAUCGCAACGUUCAUGGCCGACAGUGACGACGACGCGGCAGUCGAUUGUCAAGAAGACGCGUCAGACACUGGGAACGACAACAAACAACGUCGUCAAUUACGCCACAAGUCUGCAAGGACAAGGAGGCGGCAACAACCUUAUGCCAAGCCGCCACAGAAGGAUAAAGAGCCUAAGUCGAACGACACCAAGGAGUUGCAGCUCUUCCUCUCCAUGUUCCACGUUAGUUAAGGAUUUCUAAAAUUUUACUAGCUGUAAGAGGUUCAAAAAGGUGAUAAUAGUACUUGCUGCUACUGAUCCGGGGCGGGUACAGCAGGUUGAUACAGCUCACUGAUGCGUGCAGCCCACGCGAGAUGCUGAUCAUUGUCGAGCUGUCGACGUAAAGGAGGAGGUGCUUUCUUCGCGACGCGGUUGGUUGUUCGAAUGGGUGCGGUGGAAGCUGAGGACGGGCGGAACUUGUUGGCAGUCGGAGCUCGUCGUUGUCUGUUCAGCAAUCGCUCAAUGCCCGGGGACACCUCGCUGGUGGCCCAGUACGGUUGCGACUUGGAAAGGUUAGCAUUCGUGGUGUUUUGUUUACCUCGAGGAACGAAACGUGUGUGCGAAUCUUGAUUCGACAUCACUUGGUGCACGAAUUCGUCCAUGAAAAUACGUUGCUGCAGGCGCAGCGCUCGGUCCAUUUCAGUCUCGUCACUACCUCCUGCUUUCUCUUCAGAAGCUUCAUUUGCAUCUCCUUCGUUGUAAUCUGGUGGGAGAUCGUUGAAUAGAUCGCCGUUGGUUCCAAUAUGACUAUCCUCGAACUUCGAGUCAACGUG